UGCCGCUGCAGCAGCCCAACAUCUCCCUGACGUCUCAUAACGGAGGGCUGGUCUGGGGCCCUGAGGGUGCCGAGGUCACCAGGGAUUACAGCUUUGUCUUCACCUGCUCCAUCUCCUCCCAUUAUCCUGGGGGUGUUUUCUCUCUCCUCUCCUCUGGCUCCGGCCUCACCAACGUCAAGUCAGCCAUCAACGGCUCGGCCUCCUUUGACUUCCCUGUGGCCGAGUAUGAGCACCUGGGGAACUACAGCUGUGUGUAUGAAGUCACACUGUCUGCACGGAGAUUCACUUCCACCAUGACAGCCACGAUUACUGUCAUCAUUAAAAUGUCUUUGUUGCCGCUGGUAUCCUCAGUAUCUGUCGUGGGUCUGCUGCUGCUCCUGCUGGUCUUGGUGGGGGUCUUUCUGGUUCUCAGGAGAAAGAGACGAACCGAGCAGCCUGUUGCCCUCGUCCAAACCCAAUUGGCUUUCAGACUCAGCAACACUUAUGAUAAUAACAAGAAUGAGGACGAGGACGAUGACUACGAGAACGUUAAUCCAGCAGACAAGGAGAAACUCAAAGAGGAAGCAGAGAGAGUGGAAGAAGAGGAGAGUAAUGAUUACGAGGACCCAGAGAGUAACGAAGAUCAAGAUUGUGACAAAGAAGAAGAAACCAGUGAUGAUGAAGCGGACUAUGAAAAUGUAAACCAGCCACUGGAUGAACCAACUCUUGACAUUUAUGAAGAACAUGAGGAUAUUUAUCAAAACUUUGAGGUGUCCGAUGGUUAAAUGUUGAAUAAUGCUGAAGAAAUGCAACUUGACAAGACAAUUCUUCCUGCCUCAGGAUGAUUAAUCAUUAUUUCUCAUUAUUUUGAAAUGCCAAACUAUAUUGCUAUAGUUUGUUACCAAAUUCUUGUAGGGUUGGCCUAUUUGAACAAUGUUUUGAUAGUUUGUUUACUCUUAUUAAUCUGAACCCAAAAAACUAAACUAAGGAAUAUUAUGUCUUUUUUUUCUUCAUUUUUUGGAUGUAAAAACAGGAAAAUCAAGUAAGAAAAGAAACGAGGGAAACAAACUCAGAUAACGAGCCGAUUUAGUCUUUUGCGAAUCCCAUUUUUGUUUUUGCCUUUGAAAGACUUAGAAAAGGACGUAAGUAAGAGUAUUUCAAAAUAAAAGUCAAGGCAAUAGAAUGACUGUAUGCAAAAAUGUCUGUCAUGCGCAAAAAUAUACAUAACAUAUUAUGCAUAGGACUAGUUGCUCGAAAUGUACAUGCGCAAAAAUAUACAUAUGGCUUAAAACGGACAGCAACGCUGAACAACAAUCAUAUGACUAUAAAACAAUGUAAGACAUCUUAGAUUUGUGGAAGCUGAGCUCUCUGUGUUUCGGUCUUGUGCAAUAUCUCAUAGAGUCAACUCCUUAAACAGUGUUCACACACAAGCACAGUGCUAAAUCAUUCUUUAGACACACUUGCCUACAUUGUGAUGGUGUGAGUUUGUCAGAGCUGCUAAGAAGCUGACAGGAGAGUUAGAACAGAACAGGUUGAACUGUGAAUGAUGAUGAUACAGUGAUGAUACAGUGAUGAUGAUGAUACAGUGAUGAUGGUACAGUGAUGAUGUAAUAAUGAAGGUAAAAAUGUGAAGCACAGGUGCUGGCUGGUAACUGAAGCAAGGUCCACUGAAGGGUGUUUAAUACGAAUAAAUAAAAUGUGUCCUUAUUUCUCAA